UUCCCGGCAGUGUGUAAGUCAUGGAGCCUUGUGACUAACCCGGUUGAGCAAGCCAUUGUGUGGCCUUGGCUCCUGCACUCCUCCGGCCGAGAUGGGGCGUGCAAGCUGUUCGACCCUCUGCGUGGCCAGGAGUACAGCAUGCAUGUUGAAACAUUUGACACGGCCGAAAACGAACACGACGAGCAUAUUUUCCGAUUCUCGAAAGACGGAUGGGUAGCCAUGUCGGACAGCUCAGACAUUGACGACAUGUACAUCAUAAAUCCCUUCACCGGGGACAUCGUGGAAAUGGCCAUACUCGAUUGGGAAUACAACUUCAUGGGCUUGUCGUGGUCCUCGAUGGACCCAGAAUCUCCGGACUGCAUUUUCUUUGCCGUGAAUAGCAGACAGGAUGGCAAAGCGGUCGGCGCCCUUACAUGGCGGCAUGGCGAGGCCAAGUGGUUUGAACGACAUCUCGAGUACUAUGAAGGGGAUCCAUUCCCAGUGGCAUACAACAACCCUGUCUUGUUCCACGACAAGUUCUAUUGCCUCGGGAGAAAGGGCAACCUUGGCACAUUUGACCCGGCAAGCGACACAUGGACGAUCUUGGAGAAGCCUAACCCGAUUCAUGUGGAGAUGGACCUCGAAGGUGACCACCACGAGGGGAGAGAGUUUUGCUACCUGGUUGAGCUGCGAGGGGAGCUGGUCUCCGUGUUCAUGCGUAACGCAGACCAGCCACCGCGGGUGUUCAAGCUCAACGAGGAGGAGAUGGCCUGGACGAAGGUGCAAGACAUCGGCGGCGCGGCCUUGUUUGUUGAUUUCAGAGUGUCAUACUCUGUGGUGUCACCAGAAGCUGGGCAUGGCAAUAGGAUCUACUUCCCAAGUUAUUCCGAGGAUGGCAAACAAGUCGCGUUCUACGAUAUGGAGACCAAGGCAUACCACCCAUCCUUCUAUGGUUUGAAGUCACCGUUGCAAUGUGUGUGGGUUGUGCCUAAUCUACGGCCACACACCGUAUCAAAAUAAGUCUUGGCUAGGACACUACCUGAAGGUGUACCAAGUGAUUACAUAUAAAUGACAGAUUAGUGAAUAAUUCAUUAUGUCAGAGAAAAAGAAGCGAGAAAGCGGAUGCAUGA